GUCCAAUGGAAACCAAAUUGGUCAAGGCAGAUCCAUACCCCAUCCGCACUAAAAGAUUUCUAUGGUCGCGCCACAGUGUUAGGAUGCGUGAACGAAGUUUUGCGAUCAAGAGUUCGUCGAAAGAUUGAAUGGAACCGAAGAGAAUUUAUGAGUUGCAAUUUUCGUGUUCGCAUUGAACAUCCAGAUGGAUCUGUCACAUCUGAAGUAAUGCCCUAUCCCGACGUGAAGCGCCGAUUUCCUGCAGCGUUGUUUGAAUUCAUGGAAAAUAGGAUGCCGCCACCUCGUGUACCUGAGAAGGAUGAACCACGGCGUGAUGGGUUGCUUCCAGUCUAUAAUAAUAUUAAUAUUCCGCGCUGUUUGUACUUGAACAAAGGUGUUACUAAGGCGGAGAAGAAGGCUGAAAUGGAAGCGACCACGGAUAUUCAGAAUUCUUCUACGAAUGAUGUUGGGAAUCUACCUGCUGCAAAGCAAGAAGUAUCCCCGUCACGUUCGCCUAAGGAUAGACUUGCUCUGGCGCAAGAGGCCGCUGUCAAAGUCAAAGGAGGCAAAAAGCAGAGUGCUUAUCGUCGUUUUGGGAAAAGAAUUAAACGGCGUCGCAAUCGAAGCUUGAAAAUCAGUAGAAAUAGUGAAGAAUCAUCAUCGACCAGUGUGCAGAAGCCGUUGAAUGAAGUUUCGAAUGCUACCGAAUUAGAAACGAAAAACGCUCAGAUGAAGAUUACAAUGCCUCCCGGGAUCUCUACGGCUUGUGCAGAAGAGUUCCUACAAAAAGUUCGUAGUACUCGCCGUUCUGGAGCUACUUCAUCUCAGAAGACGGCGAAAUCAUCAAGUAUUUCUUCGAAACGUCCAAAUGGGAAGCGGCAGUCCAUGCCCACCAAUACGGACGAUGAAGACAUUGUAGUGAUUGCAGAAAUCACCCCUGGCAGUGCUGGAAGCAGAUCUCGUCUUUCUCUUUCUAGUAGCAGAUCAUCGCGCUCCGCUUCGACUCCUAAAUCGUCAGUCAGAACGCGUCUGAAUGGGAAGAAAAGUCCUGCCACGAAGGAAAAUCAUAGUGGUACAAAUGUGCACACAGACUCCAAAUCUCAGCAAAGAACGAUGAGUGUUAAACGUCGGCGGCGUUCAAGCAAUGACGGAAAAUCGCUUAGUUGUAAACGCAGUACACCACUCCGCCCUCGAAAUUCAUUGGAAAACUACUUUAACUGCAGUGUUCGCAAAACCCGCGAAGUACUCGGUAAUGCUGCUAACCAACAGAAUAUAAGUGCUAGG